GGUGUCAAAGUCACAGGGCACGCGGAGUCCAUCUUUGUUGAGGGCAUCUGGGGCAUUAAGUAGAGGACACAGCAUGGUGUUCCUAAGUUUGUCACGCUGGGUUCGGAGCCGGGGUCCAGAUCGGUACUGGAGGGUUCAGGAGGUGCUCAAACAUGCUCGGCAUUUUCGAGGCCGAAAGAAUCGCUGUUAUAGUUUGGCGGUACGAGCUGUGCGCAGAGCCUUUGUGUAUUCAACAAAAGCCAGAAAAGUAAAGCCCCGCAUCAUGAGAACGAUGUGGAUAACACGAAUUACUGGUGCCCUUCAGGAACAUGGCAUUAAGUACCACAACUUUGUUGGUAAUUUAGUAAAGUGUCGGGUAGCUUUAAACCGAAAGGUGAUUUCCGACAUGGCUAUAUAUGAACCCAAGACAUUCAAAUCCCUGGCGGCAUUGGCCAAAAGAAGAGGUGAAGAAGGCUUGGCAUCUGCCCUUGGAGAUGGGAAGGAGCCUAAGGGAAUAUUUUCACGCGUGGUCCAUUUUCGCUAGUUCAGGAUAAGGCGUUUAUAAACUGUACAGAGCUGCUACAGAGAUCACGUUAUAAAGGUGUUUAUUUCUUUGGUACUGAUGCACGGACAGUAAGAACUCACAGGAGUCUGUUCUUUGUUACAGCUUUCUGUUUUUCCUCCCAACCCAGGACAUCAAAACUUUGCCCAGUCCACUCCUUCGUGGACAGGAAACGCCUGUGUAUGUUUUGAAUUGAACUUUGUUUGCUUUAAGUGAACCACUUUCUAUAUGGGAUUCCUCUUCUGGGGUGAACCGCAUGCCCAACAAAUACAUUGCAUGUCAGAUGACGGCAUACUUACCGGGUUUUGUUACUUAUUUGUGCAUCUAUCUUUCUAUGAUUAUUAAUAAAAAAUGUCUUAAAGGGGUUGUAAAGACAAAAA